AUGCAUGCCAAGCUUAGCAUUUUGGCACUUGCCGCUGCAGCCUCAGUUCAGGAGGUCUGCGCUGGUCCUAUUCAUCGCCACAAGCACCCCAAGAAGGAGAUCGUAUACGCAUACACUGACGUCGUCGUUGUUACUGAAUGGGUGACCCACACUGUCGUUGCUGGACAUAAACCCACUGAAGCCCCAGACUUUGAGUCUCCCCCAAUCGUCGAGGCUCCUGCUGAGGCUCCCUCGGUCGAGAGCCCUGCUCCGGCAGUCCCUACCUCUGAGAACCCUCCACCGCCGUCGAGCACGUCUGCCGAGGCUCCCGCGCCUGAGACACCCGCUCCAGAGAACCCACCUCCGGAGAGUUCCCCUGUUGAGAGCCCUGCACCUGAGUCUCCUCCAGCGGAGAGUCCUCCUGCUCCAAGCCCUUCUUCUGAGAACCCUCCCCCUCCUCCGAGUUCGUCUGAGGCUCCUCCUCCUCCCACUUCUUCGGAGGCUCCCCCGCCUCCUCCCCCUGAGACUCAGGCCCCUCCACCUCCCCCGGCUUCGACAUCGCCCCCAGCUGAGCCCGCACCACCCGCGUCAACAGAAGCACCUGCUCCCCCGCCGCCUGCUCCUGCUCCCGCAGCUAGCAAGCGAGGUGCCGCGUACAACGACCCGAACCUUGUUAGCGCUAUGGUGGGCCAGACCGACAAGAUCUCAUGGGCGUACAACUGGGGAUCUGACUCUGGUGGAUUACAAGCCAAGAUUGCUUAUUACCCUAUGCUCUGGUCUCCCGCACCGGACCACUCUAACAACUGGGAUGAGAAGGCCGAAGCUGCUAUUGCCUCAGGAUCCGACAGUUUCCUCAGCUUCAACGAGCCUGAUAUCCCUAGUCAGGCUAACAUGUCUCCCCAGGAUGCUGCGAACGGUCACAAGCAAUUCAUGAACAAGUAUGCUGGCAGGGUCAAGAUAAGCUCGCCGGCCAUUUCCAGCAGCGAGAAUCCGGGCAUGGGUAUCGACUGGCUUAACCAGUUCUUUAAUGCGUGCGGCGGCCAAUGCCAAGUUGACUUCUGCGCUGCCCAUUGGUAUGGACCUGGAGGUGACGACGGUGCAAACCUCUUCCUCGACCACAUCAAGAAGGUUCACGAUGCUUGCCAGGGCAAACCCGUCUGGGUUACCGAGUUUGCGGCAACGGAUGGCGACAUCGACCAAUUCAUGAGAUCCGUCACCCAGGGACUGGACAGCGACGAGUUUGGUUUCGUCGAGAAGUACUCUUAUUUCAUGGUGAACCAAGGCAGCCUCAUGUCUUCUCCAACAGACUUGAGCUCAUUUGGCAGGAUCUUCGCAGGUAUCUAA